AUGGAGAGUAAGAUGAAUAAGAUUCUUGUAUUUGGUGGAACUGGUUACAUUGGAAAGUAUAUGGUGAAAGCAAGUAUUUCUUUAGGUUAUCCAACUUUUGUGUAUACUCAUCCUAUCAAUGCAAAAACUCCUUCUUCUAAGAUACAACUUUGCAAAGAAUUUAAGUCCUUGGGAGUAACACUUGUGGAGGGAGAAGUUGAGCAUGAGCAGAUAUUGAAAGUGAUUAAGCAAGUAGACAUUGUGAUAUGUACCUUUCCAUAUCCUCAAGUGAUGGAGCAACUCAAAAUUAUAGAUGCUAUCAAAGUUGCUGGCAAUAUCAAGAGAUUCCUUCCAUCAGACUUCGGUGUUGAAGAAGAUAGAAUCCACCCUCUUCCUCCAUUUCAAGCUUUUCUUGAUAAGAAAAUAAAAAUUAGAAGAGAAAUCGAAGCAGCUGGAAUUGCUUAUACUUUUGUCUCUGCCAAUUGUUUUGGUGCAUACUUUGUCAAUUUCUUGCUUCGUCCAUACGAAAACAAUAAAGAUAUUUCAGUCUACGGCAACGGUGAAACUAAAGCUAUACUAAAUUAUGAAGAAGAUGUCGCUAUGUAUACUAUAAAAGUGGCCAAUGAUCCAAGAGCACACAAUCGAAUAGUUGUGUAUAGGCCUUCAAAGAAUAUCAUAACACAAAAUGAAUUGAUAUUACUAUGGCAGAAAAAAAGUGGCCAAAACUUUAACAAAGUUUUUGUUCCUGAGGAAGAUAUUAUUAAGCUAUCACAAAAUUUGCCCCCUCCAGAAGAUAUUCCAAUUUCCAUUGUUCAUAGCAUAUUUGUUAAGGGUGAUAUGAACUUUGAGCUUGGAGAAGAUGAUCUUGAAGCUUCAAAACUAUAUCCUGAUUAUAACUACAUGUCUGUUGAUCAACUUCUUGAUAAGUUUCUUGUUGAUCCUCCCCCUCCUGCGUCUGCUGCAUUUGAAUGA